AUGCGACCAGACCAUGACGCUUACCACUGGCAUCUUUCUUCUCCCCCCUCUCGGCGAUUGUCGCCAACACCUGGCGACGUGGACAUCAGGAUGGAACCGAACCGUGUCUGGCACGACCCAGUAGUUGAAAUAUACAGUAACCUUAUAACCCCCGGUGUGCGAUGCUCUGCAGAGGCAUACGAUCUAGCCAAUCGUCGCUGGUACUGUUUAAAGGUCGAAGCAGAGGUCGAGGAUGAUCAAUGGCUCUCAUCAACCGUCGCCACGCACCUUGGCCGGUAUUACGCUGCAAAUCGGGAGAAGCCGCCCUGGAAUACAAUCCGGAUGAAUGCAGACGGCAGCCUGGUCACGUUUGACUCCCAACCGGACGACAAAGUCGACAGACCCAUUCGAAAGUCACUGUGUUAUGGGCACAAACGCACCGACAGAUUGCCAACCACGGCCGUUGACAAUCUCAAGAAUCUAAGCUACAUUAGUCGCUCAGCAGACCGAUGUACCUGGAAUGACCAAGACUGCGUCUUCAAGCGCAUCGAGUUUGAUGUUGAUGUAGAGGUUAUCGAGGACGAGAUCCAGACGCGCGAGACUCUCAUCCACGCCAUGGGUCUAAUGCCAGCGACUCAAACCAAUAAUGAAAUGGCCAGGCGCUUCUCUCUUGUCCCCAUUCUUGCCGUUGUCGUGGCCGACAGAAAGCCCUGGAAACCCGGCACUGUUGCAGGCAUCCUGAUGCCAUAUGGUGGCGAGGAUUUGGAAAGUUUGGUGCGAAACCGCAACACCGGUCUUUCACUCACCCUGACACAGCUUCUAGACCUGGUUCGAGGCGUUCGAGAGCUUGCAAAGUGUGGUGCGCAACACGGCGAUAUCAAGUAUUGGAACACGGUGCUUCAGCCGACGGAGCAGGGUGACGGCCCGGGCAAGCUGAUGCUCAUUGACGCAGGCUCCGAGGCUCCAGAGUACGAUGGAGAUGCCAGGGCAUUGGGAACGCUGUUGCUUUGGUGUCUCGAAAAUACCCCAGCUUUGAGACAGGACAGGCAGGCCAAGGCCAUGGUGGUUGCUGCGGCGAGUGCUCUUGUCAAUGGGAAUUUCGAUGCGGCCCUCGGCUGCUUGUCUGCGAGGAAACAUGUUGACGGAGCAGGAUGA